AUGUCAACUGCGUUGGAGUCUUGGGCAGAUGCAGGUGAUGAAUUUUCUGCACCAGCUGAUAUCAUAAACAAUCCAGAUGGAACUAAAACGGUAAUAACAUUCAGAACAAAUCAAGAUGGUAAAAAAGUUAAAAUAACUCAAAGAAUAAAAGAAGUAAAAGUACAGGAAAGAGUUCACCCUUUAAUUGCUCAACGUAAAAAUUGGUCAAAAUAUGGGAAAGAAAAAAAUAAACCUGCUGGACCAGAUACAAGUACUACACAAUUAGGUGAAAAAGUUGAAUUAAAAUUAGGAUUAUCAUGGAAACAAAUUGAAAAACAAGAAGAAGAAGAUAAAGCUCAAGAAAGAGCAAGUAAAAUUUCAGUACAAACUAUUAAAUGUAGAGUUUGUGGUGGAGAUCAUUAUACAACAAAAUGUCCAUUCAGGGAUACUUUAGGAGCAACAACUGCAACAGGAACUCCAGAACCAGAAGGAGAAACAAAAGAAGAUACACCAGGAAGAUAUAUACCAAGACAUUUAAGACCAGAUGCAAAUGGUAAUAUACCAAACAAAGAAUUAAGAGAUGAUUCAACAACUUUAAAAGUUUCACAAUUAAAUAAUUUUGUUGAUGAAGAUAUGUUAAGAAAUGAAUUAUUUGCAAGAUUUGCACCAUUACAAAGAGUUACAGUUGUUAGAAAUAGAGAAACUGGUGAAAGUAGAGGUUUUGCUUAUGUUAGUUUUAUAACUGAAGAAAUGGCACAAAAGGCUUUAGAUUUAUUAAAUGGGAAAGGUUAUCAUUCAUUAAUUUUACAUUUAGAGUGGUCUAAGAAGAAGAAAACUUAA